AGGUAUAAGUGCAGAGGCACAGAUGUUAUUAUCUGUGGACAGUUGCAUUGUAUGAUCUUCAGCCUGGGGUUUGACUAUACACACGAGCAGCAGCAGCAAGAGCACUGGGAAAAUUUGUUACACCUUGAUGAUCAUGGAUUUGACAGCUGAGAGCCACUCCAUCCCUUUGAGUGAUGGAAACAGCAUACCUUUACUUGGACUGGGAACUUAUGCAGAUCCCCGUACGACGCCUAAAGGAACUUCAUGUGACUCAGUCAAAGUGGCUAUUGAAACCGGAUACAGACACAUUGAUGGUGCCCUGGUCUACUUCAAUGAACAUGAGGUGGGACAAGCUAUAAGGGAGAAAAUCGCAGAUGGAACUGUAAAGAGAGAGGACAUCUUCUACUGUGGAAAGCUGUGGAACACAUUCCAUCCCCCAGAUCUGGUACGACCAGCUUUGGAGAGGACAUUGAAGACAUUACAGUUGGACUAUGUUGACCUGUACAUUGUCGAAAUGCCCACAGCCUUCAAGCCAGGAGACACAUUUUACCCCAAGGAUGAGAAUGGGAAGUACAUAUAUCAUGAGACAGAUCUCUGUGCAACAUGGGAGGCUAUGGAGGCUUGCAAAGAUGCCGGACUAGUAAAGUCUCUCGGCAUAUCCAACUUCAAUAAGAGACAACUAGAUUUAAUCCUCAACAAACCUGGGCUGAAACACAAACCUGUGUCAAACCAGGUUGAAUGCCAUCCAUAUUUCACCCAGCCAAAGCUGAUGGAGUACUGCAAGCAGCAUGAUAUUGUUAUUGUAGGAUACAGCCCCUUGGGAACAUCUAGAGACGCAUCCUGGGUGAACCUUAAAUGCCCCCCAUUGUUGGAGGAUGAGCUCCUGGUAUCAGUUGCUAAAAAGUAUAACAAGACCACAGCCCAGGUGGCCUUGAGGUUCAAUCUGCAGAGAGGAGUGGUGGUCAUCCCGAAGAGCUUCAACCCUGUUCGCAUUAAGGAGAACUUUCAGAUAUUCGACUUCUCUCUUUCCGAGGCCGAGAUGAAGGCCAUCGAGGGACUCAACAAGAACAUUCGCUUUGUGGAGCUUCUCAUGUGGUCCAAUCAUCCGGAGUAUCCGUUUCAUGAUGAAUUCUAGACGCCACAGAUGUAGAGACGUCAUUGAAUGUGACCAAAUGAGUUGCCUCAUUCACUUUGUUGCUUUUAGAACACGGUGUGCCUUAUCUCAAAAACAAUUGUACUGUACAUUUCAUAAAACAUUUCCGAUUUAUACACUAUAUGUGUUGAUUUCUUGUAAAAAUAUUUUUGAUGAAUGUCACAUAAAGCAGGAAGGUGACUGUUUCAGUUCUAUGUUAAUAUUUCUUUGUCUUGGUGAGUGAUUUAAAGACAAUUGGAAAACAUU